GAGAAGAGAGGAGGGGAGGCCUCCGCCGCCGCCGCCAUCUUGGACCGGGCCCGGUCAGCUUCCGCGGAGCCAUCGGCAGACGCCGCGGCCUCCCUUGAGCCCCGACCCCGUCGUCAGAACAACCCCGGGCCCACUUCCCCCCACCCCACUUCCGCUUCGCGCCGCUAUCGCGAUAGCGCCCGGGCCCGGGGCGCGAGAAAAAGGCGGCGGGCGCUCGCCUCCCCCGCCUGUCGCGAUACGCUCCUCAGCGGCGGCGCCAGCUCCUGUGACAAUCUCCGCCUUGGGCCGUGCAAGCACCCCUGCCUCCCCCUGACGACGCCCCUGCCCUGUGGGUGUGCUGACACCUCCUCCCGCUGCCAGGAGCGUGCCCCCGUUUACAUCAGACCUUCCUGGGGGCGUCCUCCUUCCAGAAGGCACCGGCCCGCCCCCUCGGCAUCCGUGGUGGGUCUAGGGCUCACACGUCCCCACUCCCACGCAGUUGGAACCCCUGGGAGCUUAAGGCCUCCUAGAUCUGAGGUUCCUGUACUGUGCCAUGUGGACUUUGCUGGCUGGGGUGCGCUUUCUCCUCCAGGCAGCGUCCGUCUCCAAGAGAGUAUGAAGAGAGCGCAUCUGUAGGGCAGGAAGAUGGCGGACAAGCGCAAACUCCAAGGUGAGAUUGAUCGCUGCCUCAAGAAGGUGUCCGAAGGCGUGGAGCAGUUUGAAGAUAUUUGGCAGAAGCUCCACAAUGCAGCCAACGCGAACCAGAAAGAAAAGUAUGAGGCUGACCUAAAGAAGGAGAUUAAGAAGCUUCAACGGCUGAGGGACCAGAUCAAGACAUGGGUAGCGUCCAACGAAAUCAAGGAUAAGAGGCAGCUCGUAGACAACCGCAAGCUCAUUGAGACGCAAAUGGAACGGUUCAAAGUUGUGGAGCGAGAGACCAAGACUAAAGCCUACAGCAAGGAGGGCCUGGGCCUGGCACAGAAGGUGGACCCUGCCCAGAAGGAGAAGGAGGAGGUUGGCCAGUGGCUCACAAACACCAUCGACACCCUGAACAUGCAGGUGGACCAGUUUGAGAGUGAAGUGGAGUCCCUGUCCGUGCAGACACGCAAGAAGAAGGGUGACAAGGAUCAGAAGCAGGACCGGAUCGAGGGCCUGAAGCGGCACAUCGAGAAGCACCGCUACCACGUGCGUAUGCUGGAGACCAUCCUGCGCAUGCUGGACAACGACUCCAUCCUCGUCGACGCCAUCCGCAAGAUCAAGGACGACGUGGAGUACUACGUCGACUCGUCCCAGGACCCCGACUUCGAGGAGAAUGAGUUCCUCUAUGACGACCUGGACCUCGAGGACAUUCCACAGGCGCUGGUCGCCACCUCCCCCCCCAGCCACAGUCACAUGGAGGAUGAGAUCUUCAACCAGUCAAGCAGCACACCCACCUCGACCACCUCCAGCUCUCCCAUCCCGCCCAGCCCGGCCAACUGCACCACGGAAAACUCUGAAGACGACAAGAAGAGGGGACGCUCAACGGAUAGCGAAGUCAGCCAGUCUCCAGCCAAAAACGGCUCCAAGCCUGUCCACAGCAACCAGCACCCUCAGUCCCCGGCUGUGCCGCCCAGCUACCCGCCCGGCCCCCCGCCUGCCGCCUCUGCCCUCAGCACCACCCCUGGCAACAACGGGGCCUCCGCCCCAGCAGCGCCAAGUGCCCUGGGCCCCAAGGCCAGCCCAGCUCCCAGCCACAGUGCAGGCACCCCUGCCCCCUAUGCCCAGGCCGUGGCCCCGCCAGCCCCCAGCGGGUCCAGCACCGCCCAGCCCCGGCCUCCCAGCGUCCAGCCUGGUGGGGGCGGGGGAGGCGGCAGCGGUGGAGGCAGUGGCAGCAGUAACAGCAGCGGAGGCGCUGGCAAGCAGAACGGCGCCACCAGUUACAGCUCUGUGGUGGCAGACAGCCCGGCAGAGGUGGCUCUCAGCAGCAGUGGGGGCAACAGCGCCAGCAGCCAGGCUCUGGGCCCCCCGUCGGGCCCCCACAACCCACCUCCCAGCACCUCGAAGGAACCCAGUGUGGCGGCCCCAGCAGGGGCUGGAGGUGUGGCUCCAUGCUCAGGGAACAACACAGGGGGACCCAGCCUCCUGGUGCCACUUCCUGUGAACCCUCCCAGCUCCCCGACACCCAGCUUCAGCGAGGCCAAGGCAGCUGGUGCCCUGCUCAACGGACCUCCGCAGUUCAGCGCUGCCCCAGAGAUCAAGGCCCCGGAGCCUCUGAGCUCUCUGAAGUCCAUGGCGGAGCGGGCGGCCAUCAGCUCUGGCAUCGAGGACCCCGUGCCCACGCUGCACCUGACCGAGCGAGACAUCAUCCUGAGCAGCACGUCUGCCCCGCCGGCCUCAGCGCAGCCUCCCCUGCAGCUGUCGGAGGUGAACAUCCCGCUGUCACUGGGCGUGUGUCCCUUGGGGCCCGUGGCCCUCACCAAGGAGCAGCUCUACCAGCAGGCCAUGGAGGAGGCCGCCUGGCACCACAUGCCCCACCCCUCAGACUCCGAGCGCAUCCGGCAGUACCUCCCCCGGAACCCCUGCCCGACGCCCCCCUACCACCACCAGAUGCCACCCCCACACUCGGACACCGUGGAGUUCUACCAGCGCCUGUCAACGGAGACGCUCUUCUUCAUCUUCUACUAUCUGGAGGGCACGAAGGCGCAGUACCUGGCAGCCAAGGCUCUAAAGAAGCAGUCGUGGCGAUUCCACACCAAGUACAUGAUGUGGUUCCAAAGGCACGAGGAGCCCAAGACCAUCACGGAUGAGUUUGAGCAGGGCACCUACAUCUACUUUGACUACGAGAAGUGGGGCCAGCGGAAGAAGGAAGGCUUCACCUUUGAAUACCGCUACCUGGAGGACCGGGACCUCCAGUGACACCGGCCCCUCCCUCCACCCUCCACUCCCCUCCCCCCCGCAUGCUGACCCCCCCUGCCCAGGCGAGGGCCCUGCCCUGGAAGACUGGGGGAGGCCCCAGGCCACGGGGCAGCCCUCUCCCCCAGGAAGCAGCCCCACCCUGGGGGCCCGGGGGCAAGGGCUGCCCCCUCCUCCCCUCCCCAGUGAGGGACAUUUUUUGGUAAACCUAUUUUCAUUUUGGAAAAUAUUUAUGAAUAAAUAGUUUUAUAUGACGGCUGGCA